UGUGAUCGCGAAAGAUCGCGGAGUCGACUCUCAGCUUCUCUCAUCUACAGUGUCGAUCCUCUCCAAGGAAAUGGAGCGCGCCAGGCAAGGCACAGAUGAAUCGGACAAAACUCCCCGAAAUCUUUUUGAAGCAGGAUGUUUUUCAACACGAAUUUAAGAUCCCAGUGCCGGUCAAGACCCAGCGUGAGGAUAUUCUGGAGGCCCUAUGCUCUAGUAUUGCCAGCAUUGCUGCCUCAGAUAAGAAAACAAUCAAGUCCACGGCUUCUCGAGUAGCGCUGACAUCUGCAGGAUAUGUCGCUAAAGACCUACGGAACCUUUGUCGUUCUGCACUGUUACAUUCACUGAGGCAGAACGAUGGCAGCAUACCGUUAGAUCACGAUGUUGUGUCACCGACAGCAAGUCUUAAUACCGACACCAGGGGUGAAGGGCACCAGACAGGCGAAGACUCUGUUCACGAUUUUCAUCAUAUCCAAAGAUCGCUCGCGUGGCAGGAUUUUGCCUACGCACUGGAGACAUCCAAGCCCUCACAACAAGUCGAAUUCGAAACGCUUGUUCGCCCACGCCGUGGAAUCCGACAUGGAGGCUACUCUACUCUGAAGAAGCGAGUUCAUCAGGCGAUUCACUGGCCUAUCUUUAACCCAGAGACCUUCAAACGGAUAGGUGUUAAGCCGCCCAUGGGAUUAUUGCUAUACGGACCUUCAGGCUGUGGUAAAACAAUGCUCGUUCAAGCGCUGGCUGCAGAGUCCAAUAUGAACUUCAUCCCAAUUAAGGGUCCAGAGAUCUUUUCUAAAUAUCUCGGCGAAACAGAGGCAACGUUGCGGCGACUGUUUGCUAUGGCGCGGCAAAUCGCACCAUGUAUCCUUUUUUUCGACGAAAUGGACUCGAUCGGCGCCAAACGCGGUUGGGGAGGAGACGCGGAUAGUAGUGGAUCCAACGGCGUGAAUGAGCGAGUUCUGAGCACGUUACUGAACGAGAUGGAUGGAGUUGAAGAGCGUACAGGCGUAUUCGUGAUCGGCUGCACGAACCGGCCGCAGGCCGUAGACGAUGCGCUUCUACGACCAGGACGACUGGACCAGCUCAUUUAUGUUGGAUACCCAGGGCUGCAGGAUCGCUUGGAAAUCAUUGAGACCAUUGGUGAGCGGAUACCUCUUCCAACGGAUAGCGAAGCGAGAUGCAAGCUUGCUAAGUUGACUGUUGGCUUUUCGCCCGCAGACUUGGAUGCGCUCUUUCGAGAGGCUGCUAUCCUCUCUCUUCGACGAGACAUUGCAUCGCAGAGGGUAGAUCUGAAAGAUAUCGAGCAAGUCGUGCACACGAUGAGCCCAUCCGUGCAAGCACGCGUCAACAAAAGUCCACAGCCCGAUGCGGACGACCACGAUGUCAUAAUUCCAGACCAAUAUCGACAGUUUCAACAAGAGCGGUAGCGGCUCCCCGUUCCGAUAUUAUUGUCAAUAAAUAUACAUUUUGUUCGUCGAAUCUCAGUGACCCCUUUAUUAAUAUGUGGAAAAAGAGCUGUACAGCAGAGCGAGGAGCUUAAAUGGUCA